AAUACUCUGCGUCGAGCGCAGGUAAUCGUCGUCGUCUUCGCCGUCGUCUUCUUAUUCCUCAGUCUCGCUCUGUUGAAGCUUAAUAAUAUACCAAUACCAUAGCAAAUAUAUGUCUCAGAGGCCCGCCGUUCCACACGCUUCCUCCAUCGCUUUCGCCCUCCAUUCGCAUCUCCUGGUCUCCAGUGAGAUGAACCCUAACUGGUGCUUUUAGAGAGAUCUCCUCCUUAUUUCUGUCGUCACUAUACUCGAUUACUCAAUCCAAACCAAGUCUCCGGCCGCCCACUUUUCGUUUUUAAUUUUCUUGGAGUUUGAUUCGACCCUUUUUCUGAGAAAUUCGAGAUGGGUGUCAAGGGUUUCGUUGAAGGAGGCAUAGCCUCGAUUGUCGCUGGCUGUACGACCCACCCGCUUGACCUAAUCAAGGUCCGAAUGCAGCUCCAGGGGGAGUCGACCCAGGUCCCGAACCAGAUCCGCCCAGCUCUCGCCUUCCAGACGGCCUCACAGGGUACGAUCCACGUUCCUCCGCCACGCAUCGGCCCGGUGGCCGUCGGGAUCCGGAUCGUGCAGCAGGACGGCGCCGCUGCCCUGUUUUCCGGAGUAUCUGCCACCGUGCUCCGGCAGACCCUCUACUCCACCACGCGGAUGGGCCUCUACGACAUCAUGAAGCAAAAGUGGAGCGACCCGAAGACCGGCAACAUGACCCUCCUGCGCAAGAUCUCCGCCGGCCUGGUCGCCGGCGCCAUCGGAGCCGCCGUCGGCAACCCGGCCGAUGUCGCCAUGGUCCGCAUGCAGGCCGACGGCCGCCUCCCCCCGGCGCAGCGCCGCAACUACAAGAGCGUAGUCGACGCGAUCUCGCAGAUGACGAAGAACGAGGGGGUCACUAGCCUGUGGCGCGGCUCGUCGCUCACGGUGAACCGCGCGAUGCUGGUGACGGCAUCGCAGCUGGCGUCGUACGAUCAGAUCAAGGAGACGAUUCUGGAGAAGCAUCUGCUUAAGGACGGGCUGGGGACCCACGUGACGGCUAGCUUCGCCGCGGGGUUCGUGGCGGCGGUGAUGACGAAUCCGGUGGACGUGAUAAAGACGCGGGUGAUGAACAUGAAGGUAGAGCCGGGGAAGGCGCCGCCGUACUCGGGGGCCAUUGAUUGCGCCGUGAAGACGGUUCGGGCGGAGGGGCCGAUGGCGCUGUACAAGGGCUUCAUCCCCACGAUCUCGAGGCAGGGCCCAUUUACCAUCGUGCUCUUUGUCACACUGGAACAGGUCCGCAAGCUGCUCAAAGAUUUCUAAUUUAAGACGAUGAUGACGAAGAAGACUUUUUAGCAAUAUUUAUUUUUCACAAAAAAAACCCCCCAAAAAUAGUUUUAUUACAUUAUUGCCAUUUAGAAUAUUAUUAUUCUUCCCCGCCUAUUGGGAGAAUAUUAUAUCCUAUCAUUCAGAUGGUUGUGGCAUGUUUGGUAUUCAAUUUAAACAAUGAUAUUAUAUUAAUUUAAAUAUUAUAUUUACAUCUCCA